AUGUACUGCGUUUGUCGGUUGAAGAAUUACGACGCUCAUGAUAUGGAGGACUGCAUUGAUCGCAUCACAUACCUUGCUUCUUGGAAACAGCAAUUGCCGCGGUACCAUAUACGUAAACCUAUCAAGAAGAAAAAAUCAUUUACAGAGUUGGGCAAGCAGAUGGGGCGAUUAAGGAAGCAAUUGGAGGAGGCACACCAGCGGAAAGAGAGAUAUUAUGUGUCCCGUCCUGCACUGCCUUUGUCGUCCUCGGAGUAUUACGUCCCUCCUGAAGAUCUGGUUGGCCUCCAGGUGCCCCUGGAGGAGCUAAAAAAUCACUUGUCCGAACAAGAAGAGCUGAAGCAGUUGAAGGUAAUCACCAUAGUUGGCUUCUGUGGAUCGGGGAAGACUGUUCUUGCCCAAGAGUUGUACAACAGCGAGGUCGGCACCAAAUUCGACAGCAAGGAAGGCACGAAAUCCAAGAUACAAACAUGGGUCUCAGCUGAGCGCAAGCAUCCCAUGAAGCUCUUAGAGGAGAUGCACCAGAAUCUUGAGAUUCCGUCGCCACUAACAUCAAAUGGCCGCCAGCUUACCAAGGAUAAAAAAGACCACCUUAACAACAACAGUACUUUCUCCAUCCUAAUCUGA